AUGGUCGAUCGGCGCAGCUCACGUAAUGCAGCCAAGAACACGUCCACCGCAAACCCGCUGAUAUUUGAAUCAUUCAAAGGAUCACCAGCUGCUGUUGAGAUAUUGACAAACUCCGGGGCCCCCGAGUUGCAGGGGAUCCCAACUCUGAGCACUCCCGAUGGUAGGACUGACCAGCCCUUUGGCUGCUUUAUGGAAUCUCCCGGCCACAUGGCCUUCCUCAGUUCCUUCAUGAUUCCCCCGCCAGGUGUCCACGAUCCCAGACUUUUCUCUCCACUCCCAACCACAUUGAAUAUCUCAAUUGCCGAGGUCUUCAGCCUCCCUUCGAGAAAUUCAAAGUCUCCGCUCAAGCCUUGGAACCUAUUCCCAGACAAUUCCUUUAGGAACAGAGGACCAAGAGACGGGAUUCUCGAAUUUUCCUGUCCAAUCUUCUCUAACGAAAAUGCUAAGGCGGUUACUGUAUCAUACGCCCACAGCCCGUGGAUGUUCAAAUCCGUGUCGUUCCCUUUCCAUCUCUCUCGGAAACUCUCAAGGUCCCUGGAGAAGGGAACGUGGGCCCUCAGCCCCACCACGCCUUCCAUCAGUGCACGGGCGGAUGGGCCCACAGAACCCAGAAAGUUGGAAAGUCUGUCAGUGAUUACCCAUGCAUGCCCUUCGCUCAUCAUACCAAGCUUCUCAGCGAAUGCGAACAGCCGGACACCGAGCGUGGGCCCUACAUGCACCAGAAAGACCUUGACUGAAUUCGAGCACUUUGGAGAGAUGACCGUCGUCGACAGAGACCGGCACAGCUGCCAGAUGGGCCAGCACAAUUUCAGCAUCCCGGAAUGCCUUUCUCAGACGAGAUAG